GCCCCUUCGCCCGCCGGCCGCCAUCUUGCGAGGAACGCCGGGCUCAUUGUCCGCCGCUGGGGCUCGGCGGGGCCGGCGCCGCUCGGGCUGCCCGGGCGCUGACGGGGUCGGCGGGGGCCGGCUGGUUCGGCCUGAAGCAGCCGGGGCUGGGUCGGUGGGCGGCGGCGGCAACCAUGGAGGAUGAAAUGCCCAAGACCCUGUACGUGGGGAACCUGUCAAGAGACGUGACGGAAGCUCUGAUCCUCCAGCUGUUCAGCCAGAUCGGACCAUGCAAAAACUGCAAAAUGAUAAUGGAUCUGGAAACGAUCCGUACUGUUUUGUGGAGUUCUACGAGCACCGGCACGCGGCUGCAGCGCUGGCUGCUAUGAACGGCCGGAAGAUAAUGGGUAAGGAGGUCAAAGUGAACUGGGCGACGACCCCCAGCAGCCAGAAGAAAGACACCAGCAACCAUUUCCAUGUCUUUGUCGGAGACCUCAGCCCGGAAAUUACAACGGAAGAUAUAAAAGCAGCUUUUGCGCCGUUUGGAAGAAUAUCAGACGCGCGGGUGGUUAAGGACAUGGCGACGGGCAAAUCGAAAGGAUACGGCUUCGUUUCCUUCUUCAAUAAAUGGGACGCGGAGAAUGCCAUUCAGCAGAUGGGCGGGCAGUGGCUCGGCGGAAGGCAAAUCCGAACGAACUGGGCGACGAGAAAACCUCCGGCUCCAAAGAGCACGUAUGAAUCAAACGCCAAACAACUCUCUUACGACGAUGUGGUCAAUCAAAGCAGCCCCAGCAACUGCACCGUCUACUGCGGCGGCGUUACCUCCGGCCUCACAGAACAGCUCAUGCGCCAGACCUUUUCUCCCUUCGGGCAGAUCAUGGAAAUUCGAGUCUUCCCGGAUAAAGGCUACUCCUUUGUACGGUUUAAUUCUCACGAGAGCGCGGCGCACGCCAUCGUUUCCGUCAACGGAACGACUAUCGAAGGACACGUGGUGAAGUGCUACUGGGGCAAGGAGACGCCGGACAUGGUCAGCCCCGUCCAGCAGAACCAGAUCGGGUACCCGCCGGCGUACGGGCAGUGGGGCCAGUGGUACGGCAACGCCCAGAUCGGCCAGUAUGUGCCCAACGGCUGGCAGGUCCCCGCCUACGGCAUGUACGGCCAAGCGUGGAAUCAGCAGGGAUUUAACCAGACGCAGUCCUCGGCGGCGUGGCUGGGGGCGAGCUACGGGGUGCAGCCCCCCCAGGGGCAGAAUGGCAGCGUGUUGGCGGGGCAGAGCGGGUACCGCGUGGCCGGCUUCGAGGCGCCCUGAGGAGGAGGAGGAGGAGGAGGAGGAGGAGGUGGAAGAAGAGAGGACGCGGGGAGCAACGUCGCCGAGCCGGGAUUGAUGGGAUCAAGCCUCACGUAUUUAUUUUAAAAAGAAAAAAAAAACAAAAAACAAAAAAAAAAAACACCAAACCCCACACACGCAAACGACGAGGACGACAAACAACAAAAAAGCAUUUUUUUUUUAAAUCAUGAAAUUGUCACAUUCCCCCCGUUUGGUUUUAAAACAAAAAACAAAAAAACAAAAAAAAAAACAAAAAAAAACAAAAACAAAAAACCAACAAAAAUCCAAAAAAAAAAAAAAUCACAGGAAAUGCUGGAUGUCUGCCAACUUCUGCCUUCUUUUUUUCGGUUGUUUUCCCCCCCCCCUUCCCAGCCCCCCCACUCCCCCCCCCCCCCACAGCCCCGUCUCCUUUUUUUAACGUGUUUCCCACGAUCCGGGUUUUGUUACUGUUGGUGGGGUUUUGGUCUAUUUUUUUUUUAAAUUUUAUUUUAGUUUUUUGUUUUUUUUUUUUCGGGAAACACGGGGAAUUUGCAGGGACUCAACUGCCGCCGGGAAAGCGGGGGCAGCGAAUUGCACAACGUCGACCUUUGAAUUUCUUUUUUUUUUUUUUUUUUUAUUUGCCGUUUUAUUCCUCCCCCCCCCAACCUCCCACCCCCCCCACCCACCCCACCCCCCCCCGACUUUUUCUCGCCCAGGGAAGCCGCGCGCCCUUCUCCUCUCUGUAUUAUAAACCCUUGUAUAAAAACGAAACCAAAAAAAAAGGAAAAAAAAAAAAAAUAAUGAAGAAAUAAGAAAGCCCGAAGCGUUGUGAAUCCUGGAGCCGCCUUCAGCCUUCGCACCGACAGCCUCUGGGAUAAACCCCCGGGGCUUGGUUUGGUUUUUGGUUGUUUUUUUUUGAGGAUAAAGUCUGAAUUUCCAUCAUUUUUAUUUUUUUUUUUUAAAAAUAUCUCAAGCUUUGUUUUCUUCAGGGUGGGUUUUGCCUUACGGGAGCGAGGACGUUCCACCCCGGGAGGGUGUAAAAUCCUGGUACUUUAAAAAAAUUGUGAUAAAUUCCUCCGCGCCGGCCGGGUUUUGGGGUAAUUUUUUUUUUUUCGUUUUUUGUUUUUUUUUUUCAUUUUUUUUACCGAUUUCUACAUUUACGUGUAUCGAUUCUGUAAAAUAUUUUAGCAAAUUAAGAAUUUUGCACAACCGUUAGCCACCUUUGUCCGUUUCCUUAUUUAAAGGUAGGACGCCGGGUCCGUCGAUGCCUCAAAUUUUCAUUUUUCUAAUUUUUUUUUUAAAUUUUUUUUGCAUGGCUUGGAAUAUAAAUUUCACCCUCUCGUGCUUU